AUGGCCAAUGGUACAUAUGAUGUCGUAAUGCUGUCGCGGAGUUUGAACAUCCCUCGGCAGGGAGCGGCCAUCAGGAACCUGAACCACGAGUGCUCACGUUGGAGCAUUGAUACACACUCUUUCGCGUGGGCAUGGGGGGAAAGCGGUUUCUCCUUAGAGGACGUGGUAAUCCUCACCCGUCUUCCUCUUUGUGGGACUGCGCUCCUGGAUCCCACCAACCUUUCAACCGCGGACCAACAAGACAUCUUGGAAUUGCGGCAGCUGGGUAAGAAAGCUCAGUAUGGCCCUAUUUUUACUGCCCAGGGUGUUCGCAAGGCUAGUGCAGCGAACACAAAGAAAACUUCUUUUGCGAGUUGGAUUCGGUUCUUUUUUAAGGACUUUCAGCCUGUGAGAACAGUGGUUCCAGGCGUCCCGCGGGAAUUUGUUGCAGGCCCGCAUCAUGAGGGGAGGCUCCACAUGGCCGACUUUUUCGCCUUCUUUCUUUCUUACUUCAUGUUCCCGGACUAUCCCGCAGACAGCUCUUCCCCCUCGGUCUUUCUGCUCGUCGUUCUCCUGGCUCGCGGCGAGUGCAUCGCGUUGGCUCCCCUAUUCCUAGGGUCACUUCAUUGUCAACUGGACCUGGUUCAUGCUGACCUCGCGAGGUCCCUUGGUAGGUGUGACCAUCUUUCCAUGGUGCACACCAGCUUCAUUCUUACUUACUUCUUUGAGCAUUUUCCCAUCAUUGCCCUUGCUCCGCAUGAGUUCCUGGCAUCCUCCAGCCGGUCGCGGUCAGAGCGAUGGUUCGGUACCAACAGUGACUCCCUCUGGUACAGGGCGUGCGACGUCGAGGAAAGUUUUGUCCCGCGUCCCUACGGAACUACUACUCCGGGGGUGGUUGGCCUUGGCCAAUGCCUUUUGCCUACCCGCUCUUCUCUCUUCGCCGUGAGUGGCAACAAUUCGAUGGCCCGAGGGGUCAUCAAUUUCGCUCUCAUUGGCCUCCCAGGGUGGCUUCCUUUUGUCAACAACGAAGCCCACGGGGUAUCGGUCUACCGCCCAGAUAGAUUCGUGAGGCAGUUAAGUUUUGAUCAAGGGGUCCCCGGGUCUACCCCACUAGUAUGUAGCUUCGUUGAGUCUCAGCUUCGAUUCACGCGGCCGCACACCUCCGAUAUCCUUGCUCGGCUUGGGGAUUUGCCAAUCCCUAGUAGAGAUGAUGUCGGGCGUUAUACUUCGGGGUUCCGCCAGUUCUGGAGGAGGAACUUGGAUUCUUUCCUUCUUUUCAUCCGCGGGGAGGCGGGGGCCCUAGAGGUGUCUGAGAUCCGUACACGGGACACCUCACUACGGGCCAUUGCUGAAGUCCGGGGGGCUAACUGGCGCAGGCCCCAUAGCAUGUGGGUGGUGAUAGACGUCACCCCUUAA